UUCCCAACAGCAUUAGCAAUGUUCCAAAUCUUUCCAUCAAUGUUUUACACCUUUCUGUGUGACGUUUUACAUAUCGAUGUUUUUGUGCUGUUUCGUUGUGAGGUCAUCGAUGUUUUCCCUUCUCUGGCGUCGCAUAAGCGGGAAAAUUUUGUGACAAGGAACAACAAAUCAAAGUUGCAGAGAUGGCGCCGUCAUCCUCCCAAGACCCGCCGCAGGGUCCGCGAAAGAGGUGCGCAAUAGGGCCGCAUCUGCUGAAGACGCCGAAUCGGAGCAUUAACGAUCCAAACUUGCUGCGGUUCGCACAACGCGUUAACCCUGAUAUGCGCUUGGGAUGCACCUUGUGCCUCGAAUGCUAUCAGAAUCUGAUGAAGCUAUACCGCAUGAAGAUGUCCAAUGCCCGGAAGCACCAUGACAAGCGUCAGGCCUCUACCAACAGCAUUUCGGAUGUGAGCAACAGCCAGCGAACCAGCUCCGAUCCGAGUAUAUUAAAUCCACCCCAGGCUGACUCAAGCACCUCAAGCGACGACAGGACCAGGACGAGUGCUGCAGCGGCAGCCAAGAAAAAUCAGAGACGUGGACGUUCACCGCAAGCGCCAACGGCAAGGAGCACAUCUUAUAUCAGCGACGACGACGAUGCCAACUCCAACCUCAGCCUUAAUGCGGUGAAUGGUACGCGUUUGCCCCACAUUCAGCCUAUUCCCAAGAGGCGUCAAUUUGUGCAUAUAAAUAAGACUGCUAUGGAUAUAUAUCUGGCUGGGACAACAGGGGGGUAGCCAGCGGGUAAAGUUGUCCAACUGCACUUCAAUCUAUCCCUUAUAUUUAUUGUUGUUGUUCAAAGCGGAUUCUUCUGGAAGGAUCCGCUUGGAGUCGUAUUUAAUAAGUCCCGUGAUGAGCCAGAAUAAACUUAGUGAAAUUAUUAUCUUCAUAUUAACAAUA